UUUAAGAGUGUGGUCUUGGAGCAUGCAGGAGAGAGACCUCCUAACGUUUUCCCCACAGAAAGUUAAAGGAUUGGGACUUAACCAGAUCCAAAUUUCAACUUUCACGGCACUAAAUGAGAAUAUGGCCAAUGGCAUUGAAGAUCUUAUCGGGAUCCCAUUCCCGAACCACAGCAGUGAAGUCUUAUGUGGUUUAAAUGAGCAGCGGCAUGAUGGUCUCCUCUGCGAUGUCAUCCUCAUUGUACAGGACCAGGAGUACCGGACCCAUCGGUCCGUCCUUGCUGCCUGCAGCAAGUACUUCAAAAAGCUCUUCACUACCGGCACUUUAACAGACCAGCCCUAUGUUUACGAGAUUGACUUUGUCAAGCCUGAAGCACUUUCUGCCAUCCUCGAGUUUGCCUACACCUCAACCCUUACCAUCACCACCUCAAAUGUCAAGCACAUCCUCAGCGCUGCCAAGAUGCUGGAGAUCCAGUGCAUUAUUAAUGUAUGCCUUGAAAUCAUGGAGCCCGACAGAGUGGCAGAAGAGGAAGAUGAUAAAGAAGAUGAAGAUGAUGACGAAGAUGAAGAUGAAGAUGAGGAGGAGGAGGAGGAGGAGGAGGAAGAAGUGGAAGAUUUUGUCAAUCAGGAGAACUUAACCGACGUCCAAGAAGUAAGCUGUCACCAAAGCCCUUCUAAGUCUGAUCUUACUGAAGAAGCAUAUACAGAAGCACCUAAAGACUUUCCAAAUCACUACCCAGCCAAUAACUCCUCUGGACACUUGGGUGUGAUACGAGACUUCUCCAUCGAGUCUUUGCUAAGGGAAAACUUGUACCCUAAGGCGAACAUCCCAGAAAGGAGGCCAGCUCUCUCUCCUUUUGCCCCUAGCUUCUUCCCUCAUCUAUGGAACAGCAAUUUUAGCUCCUUCUCCCAGCUCGAGGAGCCACAAGUAGACAAUGGCCCCUUGGAUCUGGUGAUCAAUAAGAGGAAGAUCAAGGAAGAGGAGGAGAAGGAAGACCUGCCUCCACCUCCUUUCCCUAAUGACUUCUUCAAGGACAUGUUUACCAACACUCCAGCAGCUCCCUUAGGGCAUAUUAAGGCAGAGACUGACUAUAGCGCUUAUCUCAAUUUCCUAAGCGCUACCCAGUUUGGAGGAGUUUUUCCCCCAUGGCCCCUGGAGGAAGAGAGGAAGAUGAAGCCCAAGGCAUCCCAGCAAUGUCCUAUCUGUAACAAAGUCAUCAUGGGGGCUGGCAAGCUGCCCAGGCACAUGAGGACCCACACGGGAGAGAAGCCGUACAUGUGCAAUAUCUGUGAAGUCCGCUUUACCAGGCAGGACAAGCUCAAAAUCCACAUGAGAAAGCACACGGGGGAGCGGCCAUACCUGUGCAUCCACUGCAAUGCCAAAUUCGUGCACAACUAUGACCUGAAGAACCACAUGCGCAUCCAUACGGGCGUCCGGCCCUACCAGUGCGAGUUCUGCUACAAGAGCUUCACCCGCUCUGACCACCUCCAUCGCCACAUCAAACGUCAGAGCUGCCGGAUCGCACGACCCCGGCGAGGACGCAAGCCGGCAGCGUGGAGGGCGGCCGGCUUGCUCUUUGCUCCUGGUGGUCCACCGGUGGAGAAAAGCUUCAUGAUGCCACCGACGUUGGAGGAGAUGAGCGGCCACCUUGGCGGCGCGGCCAUGUGCCUUCCUGGCCCCAGCCCCAAGCACUUUUUGAGCGGGGCCAAGACCGCCUUCAGCCUGCAGGAGCUGGAGAGCCAGUUUGAAGAAACCCAGAUGAAGCUCUUCAGACGAGCCCAGCUGGACAUGGAGAGGAACGCGGGCAUCUUUGCCUUCGCCCUAGGCCAUAAUGAAAACCUCGCUGCCCAACCCUUCUUCCCCCUUCCUGAUCCUUGGAGCACGGGCUUCAGUGGCUUGGCAGGGCUUGGCCACGUGGCUCCCAUCUCAGAAGCGAGCAACUAAACCCACAUCCAGCCCCACCAUGGGUCUGCUCCCUUCCCAACAGGGCCACCAGCUCCCUCGGGGUCCCCGCCUGCCCUUUCACAUCAUCUGGCUCCCAAGAAGCUCUUCAUCCCUUCACUGCCAUGGCCUGCCAUGGGGCUUGGGGCAGGGGACCAUCCCCGGGGUGAGCAGGUGGGUGGGCAGGUUCUGCAUCCCAUGGCCACCGGCACUUUAGACUCUGCGAUGCACUUGGCUUUGGGGCCAUGAGGCACUUGCUGCCCCAUCCAGCUGCCCACCACUGAUGGCUCCGUCUGGGAAGGCCAGGCCAGGACUGCUGCUCUCUUCAACGCUCCCGAAAAUGUCACUUGCCUUAGUCCAGGGCAUGGCCAUCACCAUGACAUGGGUCUUCUGGGUGAGAUGUUCCCUAUUUUUCACCCACGGGGCCCACUGGACACUGACAAGCUGUCCAGACUUGGUUUUGAUAUGUUACAUUCCUUGGCCCUUUGGGUCAAAAAGACUUUUUUUUUUUAAUCAACUAAUUCCCAUGUCUGGCAACAAAAUUGAUUCUAUAGGGGAUAAAGGGAGCGUCAAGCAGCCACGCUGGGAGCAGGAGGAUCCUGGCCAUUGCCUUUCUCAGCGGAAUGUCAGAUUUACAGGUCUGGUGAAAGCCAUGCUGUGCAGGAUGAGUUGGGAGCCUAAAAAAAAUAAAUAAAAAAAAAAGAGAAGAUCACCCAGGAGCAAAGCUGGAUGGAAAAGGGGUUUGGUUUUUUUUUUUUUUUUUACUUGUUUUGGUUCUUUGGUCAUUUCCAAUUUUCAGAAGGAGAACCAAAGCCUAUUUUUAGUAUUUUAACUUCAGUUGCUUAAAAAGGUGAAGGACGAUUUUUUGGAAGGAUCAGAAAUGUUUUGAUCCUGAGGUUUAUUUAAAGCUUUGCUUUGUGAAAAUAAACCAAGUGGGGAUUUUGAAAUGAAAAAGUCAUUUCAAACCAAAGAGUCAGAAUUCACUGCCACUGACUGUUCUGAAAUGUCUGGGGAUUUGUCCUUAAUUGCCCCUAAUUCCUAUAUAUAUUUUGAUGAUAAAAAUUUACAAAACACUUGAGUGUCACCAAAUCUGCAAUGUCGAUGGGAAAAAAUUAGGUGUACAAAUUUCCCUGCUGUUUGUCUCAAGGGAUCUUUGUGUAACAGAAGUCCACUAAAGAUUUCUUGUAGAUGAGAUAUUGUCUACUUGCAAGCAAGUAGAAAUACUAUUUCUUCAGCAUUUAUUGCUUCAAAAGAUGAGGUGGUAACAUAUGAUGGGGUGCUCCAAGCUGAAGGUUGCCCACAGUGGCCACCAGGUCUGGGGUUAUCCCUAGCAUCCCUGCAGACCCUGGCCUGGCCACCCCUAUCUAAUACUUCUUCUGAGGCCAGAAAGGUGGCAGAUUGGCUGGAAUCGCCUCGUCAGCCUCCUUCAGCCCAUAAAACCACGAGCUACCCUCUAGACUAAAGGCUUUGGAUGGCCAUCUGCCUCUGAUGGCUCCUCUCGGACGUGGUGGGACCCCAGUUCCACCACUGGCUGAGAUCGCUUGCGGCAGGUGCCCUGGGAAGCUGGUUUUAUACAAAACCAUCUCUCAAAAAUGUAAAUGUUACAAAUUAGGGUUUUUUCUUUCUCUUUUUACUGUUACCUUUUAACGUCAGCAGAAUCAAAGGGAAUGAGAGGACUGUGGGUUCGCUAAUUUUUUGUUUUGCCCAUCGAUGGUGCCAAUCUGAAGCGGUGGCUGGAUGAGGAGUCUCCCCACCGGCGCAUGGAGGGGGGACAUAAGGGGUCCAGGAUCCAGAGCCCCCCAUGAGGGCAUGAAGGACUUCUGCUCCGAGACCAUCCAUAGCAGAAUGAUCCCAAGGAGCUGCCCAACGCUCACUCCCUCCUCCAAAAAGAAACCCACAAAGACUCCGUGUGCAACAAGCCAAUGGAGAAAAAAGAAGGAAAAAAAAAGAAAAAAAAAAAAAGAAAACUUCUUAAAACUGCAUCAAACUUUCUUUUUAAAUCUGUAUCUUCUUAUACAAGUGACGUUUUGCAGAUGACUGGUUACUUCAGGUGUUUUUUUGUCUACGAUUUGGAGUCAUUGUAAAAUAUCCAAAGAUGCCAAGUACUGUAUAAUCUACAAGGACUUGAAGCAAGGUGUUUUUUCUGUCUGAAUUUGUUUGUUGGGUUGGUUGGGUUGUUUUUCCUAUUUGUCUAGAGGGGAAAAACCUUUGAAAUUUUUCUAUUUAUAACUAUUUUUAUGUGAUUGUUUUAUGUACAAAACAAUGGGGAAAAAAAUCAAAACAAAAAAGGAGAAACACACACACACAAACAAAUUUGCCUUAGUUACUCAUGGGACAAUCACCCUUAACUUUCAUUGAUGCUAGAAAGUGGAUGGAAAAAAAAAAGAGACUAGAACCUUUUAUGUAUUUAUUAAACUGUAUUAAUUGAUGGUUUUAAAUUAUUAGCAGGACUUGGUUCAUUUGCCUGUGGCCAUGCUGAGAAGGCUAAGCCACUGCAGAUGCUGAGCUGCCCCGCUCCUCAGGCCAAUGUGGCCAUCCCCAUGGCCUCAGGUCUACGUAUGUUUGCUGGACAUACAGAUUUGAUGCUUUCCAAAGGCACCUUUUGGAAAGCCAAAAUAAUCACACAUUAAUUAAGCAUCUAGGUGGUACAGGCACCGGCCCAAGGGGGCCGUUGGCAUUGCAAUGCUGAUGACAAUUAACAAGUUAAGGUUGAUUUUCCCACAUUGCACUGGGUUGGAUGGAGCCGGGUGCUGGCAGUGAUUA